CAAAGAGGCAACAUUCUCAGGCGCAUACUUUUGGGCAACUCUAUCACCUCCCCCCCCCCCCCCAUUCCGUCUCGUUGUCGUCGUCGCCGCGGAUCUAUGCGGAGGCCGCCAAAUGGUGCUUUCAUUCAUUCAACUCCGUCGCGGGCUCAUCUUGGAAUCACGAUGCAUUGUGCUGUUAUGAAGCUGUUGCAACAAACGCAGUUCAGACGAUGAUUCCAGCGCGUGGCAGUGAAAAUGCUCUGAAAAUGGUGCACCAUCCCGCAGUAAAGCCUAGGUUAUCGUGAGGCAAUCGAUCAAACAAUCAAACAUUCGAACGCCCAACGUGCGCGUGUGAAACGAUAGUGUAACUAUUAAAAAAGAAAACCGAAAGUGAGAUAAACUGGAAGUGUGCAGCAUUGAAUGGUACUUGGAAGGGAAAAGGGCACACCCGGUGGGAAUGCGGCUGCUGGCGGUAACGUUAUGGAUACCGGCAAAAGCAUGACACCUCAUCCGGAGUCUUCAAGUUCAACGUCAAACACCUCAUCUCCCGCCUCGUUACCUCCUCCUACUCGCGGCGACGGUGCACCAGGUGGCAGCGUUUGCUCCGCCCUUACGGCGUACUCUUCGACCUCAUCCUCCUCUUCCUCAUCAUCCUCCACCGGCAGUGCCAGUGAACGAAUCUCCCACGAACAACCCGUCAUUAAGCGACAGCGGAUAGAGCACGAUCGGGGGAGCAGCAACAGCAGGGGAUCGGUGACGAUAGCCACCAGCGGAACGGCACACGGUAGCAAUGGCCACACCAAAAUCACCACAACAACGCCAUCGGGCUCCAUCGCAGCAGGAGUUGCCACACCGGCCAGCUCGAGUGGUGCCUCAUCCGCCUGUUCUUCCUCCACCUCCCUCUCAUCGUCACCACCAUCGUGUUCUUCGACGAAACUGAUCCCGUCCUCGCUCGAACAAUCUUCGGAUGAUGAGCAGCAUCUGCCGGGACAUCACCAUGCUGGUCAGAGCCACCGACGGUUGGACUACACCCAGCAGCAUCAGCAGCAUCAGCAGCAACAGCUGCAACAGCAACAGACGCCACAACAAUCGGUUCCAGCAACGUUGACAUUCCAGGAAGCACUCGGCAGGCAGUGCCUCUGUACGAUCGAUGUCGGUGCUUUGCUGAUGUCGUUCAAAGUACCGUACGUUAGAGGACGGGAAGAUGCGAAUUCCGUUACCGCCAUACCACCGCUAGCUGAGUGGCCGUUCGAGCAGUUACUGAAAUUCCUCUCCAGCGUGCAGCUGCUGUUCGAUGCGUACCUGAAGCAGAACAUCAAGGGUAACAUCUGUGCGGGGGUGAUGGAUUUGUGCAACUAUCUGAUCCGAAGCGAUCACCAGCACCAACAACACAAUCAUCAGCAGCAGCACCACCAUCAGCAGCAGCAACAACAACAGCAACAGCAGCUACACCUACACCAUCGGAGGUGGCAGAACCAUCAGCAUCCUCGGAGGUGGCGAAUGGGUGAUCAAGAGAUCGUGGUGGGUGCGCUCGACAUCGAUGAACUGAUCGGUCUGUGCAGCCACCGGAGCAAGUACAUCGCCUACCUAGCGGGACGGAUACUGGCUUCGCUGCUGAUCAUCGUCAAGGACGAUCCGGAUGAUGAUGGCCGAUGGUUGGAGAAGCUCGUCGGCAAUCUGUUCGAUUUUAGCCAGCUGGAUGUACCGGCCGUGCGCAAGAUCAAUUUCAGUCUCGAGGUGAUCAAGCGGAUCGUUGAGUGGAAGGACGAAACGGAACAUCCGCUCGAUGAGGAAGCGGCGGGUAAUGGAUCACCGGGUACGCUGCCGGCAGGAGGAGGCGUUGGUGGAUCAACGUUACCCCCGAUCGGUGGGCCAGUGGAACCGCCACCGCUUGCGGACAAUUAUUUUGCCACACACUUUGGGUCACCACAGCGAGACGAAGUUGAUGCCAGUAGCAGGAGUGCCAGUAUAUUCUUUCCGGCUGGUUCAUCAUCUGUACUGGGUUUGGAGAGUGCAUCAUCGAGUGCAUCAUCGAUGAUCCCGAAGCACGGCACCAGCGGAUCGACAGCGGCAGCAUCUAGUCAAGAGGGAGCAGCGAUUGAAGAGGAGAUGGUGGCCGGUUCGUCCAAUCUUCUUCAAAAUCACCACCAUCAUCCACAGCAUCAUCAGCAGCACCAACAUCAUCAUCAUCAGGAGCAGCUUCAUCACCACCAUCAUCAACUUACCUCCUCGGCUUCCGGCAGCACCGGCAGCUGUCGCUACAUCACGCUCACCGAUUCGGAAAGUUUCGAUACGACACGCAUAAAGUUCGAAACGAUCAACAUUCUCGGUGGCCGAUGGUCGGCACUUGUCAAACACAUUAGCUCGUUGGUGCGCGCACAAGCGAACAGUAGCAACGUGACCGUAAUGGUCGCGACCGAAACAUGCAUCCUCACGUUUUUGCGGCUUUGGGAGAGUAUCAUCAGCGUGAAGGCGAACUUGUCGGUGGUUGAGACGCAACCAUUCCACUCGCAGCUCGACAGCUUCCAGCUGCUGCUGCUGGUGACGAAAAACUGUGUCAUCUACCGGCAGAUGCUGACCCUGUUCAAUGAGGCGCUCUGCUACGGCAGUACGCUCGCACUGCAGGACCUCAUACCGGAGGAAGUGGGCAGCCUGGCGCACAACAUUGUACGCUCGGUGAAGGACUACCGGAUACUGGAUAAGAUGCCAAAAUCAACCUACAGUAACCACCUUGGCCUGCUCGGUUACAAGGGUGAAGUGGUGCGGUACCAGAAUCGAAGAUUAUCGAGGCAGCAGCAGCAGCAGCAAGAGGAUGGUGAUGGGACGACGGGUGCUGUGGCCAGCAGAAGCGAAACGUGCUACGAUCGCACGCUGCUCCAAAAGAUGGCACUACUGGUGCUGAAGGCGGUCGCCGUGAUUGUGAAGGAGAUCCGUUGCGAUUCCAGUGACUCGAGCGUCGACAGUAGCGAUUUCGACAUGCAGGAGAUACAGAUGAUCGAGCGCAGCAUACGGGAUGUGGUGCGGAAGCUAGAAACGUUUCUCAAGGCGCAGCUCGAGUUCCAUCCGGAGAGUCACCUGAGCAAGGUGUUGAUCCAUCUGUUUGACGAUCAGGAUGACUAUCUGGUGGAGGCGAUGGUCUGCACCCUCGACGUGACGUCUGGGAUAUCGUUCCGAAAUGGGGCUUUUCCCGAGCUGAUCGCCAUGCUCAAUCCGGUGUACACGUUCAUCGAGUUCUCCAACCUGGGUCCGAACAUUACGCAUCUGUUUCUCGAUCUGUUGAUCAGCCCGGAAACUUGCUUUCUGUUGUUUCUGCUCCGCUUCCUGAAAUACAUCCGACAGAACUGGUCAAUGUUUACGCAAAGCUGCUACAACUACUAUCGCCACAACAGUUACAGCAAUGCGGCUACGCUGCUCCAGAACCGAUUGCGACUAGCGGCCAGCAGUGGCAUAGUGUUGGAUGGUGGCGGUGCAGCUGGCACCAGUGCUAGUGCUGGCGCGGGUACGAUAUCAGUGGGAGGUAGUGGCGGUGUCGUAGCACCAGCUGGUGGUGCAGCCAACUCGAACGUUAUACUGGACAGUGUGAUGACCGUUUUGAUCAGCUUGCGGAUGCAGAUCAGCCGGCUUGUGGCCGAUACACUCUUCCCGUACAACAUUACGCCCAUACUGAGAUUGAUAGAGAACUGCGAAAGCUUGUAUGAGGGCAACGAGCUGAGCUGAGCUGUUUGGGGGAAUUUUGGGCACGAGAUUCAUGCUAGGUAUUAGAUUGUUUUCCAUUGUACAUUGUCCAAUUUAAUUUAUGCCCGUUCGUUUAUGCGUUCUGCUAUCCGCCAGUGGUGGCAGAGAAGCUUAGUAUUUUAGACGGAGAGUUCCACCGCAACACCGCUUCGUGUGGGGCAUGAGAAAUUGUGCAUUUAUCCUAUUUUAAUUUACAACAUUCCACUGCUUUUUUUUUCUGCGCCUCUCUAUGUAAAGUUGUUCUCGUUUGAGCAGCUCUGUGCCACUCUUCGAUGCGUUGCUAGGGACAUGUACAAUUGUUCAUUGUAUGCUAUGUUAAAGAAGGCAGAACUAACGCAGAAACGGUUGAUUGGAUAAUAUGGCUUAAAAGACAUUGAUUCCACCAACAGUCUCACAGGGCCACGUGAAGACAGAUUACACCAAGGCUUUUAAACCUAUGUACAUAAGUAAGUAAGGGACCAGAUGCUGUUAUAACGCAUACGGACAACAUCUGUCAGUAUAGUAAUCUUGCGCGAAACGAUGUUGUUCCGGUAGUUCCGGUGCGUUGCAACCGCCAACCAAUUCUUGCCUUAUCGACCGAUGUCUUAGUGUAUAUGAUUGUAGUGUGGAGUAGCAAUCCAUUCGAUUUCGGCGAUUACAGCAAUCGUUAGUGAAUCGGGAGGUUGCUGCCAGUAGGAUUGUAGCCUAAUUUAUGUGUUGUAAUUUAAAUAGCGCGUUACACAAAGCUAGCGUCGCUCACUCUAUGUGCCUUUUAGCUAACGUCAAUCUUCCAGACAUUCAGGGUGUUAAAGGGUAUCGCCGAGCAUCGCAGGCGUUUCGCUGGACGGGACGGGGUAGCGUAUAACGGCGCGGCGGGCUACCCAAACGUCCCUAAACGAUUUAAUAACGAUAAGCUAAGCGAUUCAAUGCGUGCACACGUGCCGAGCCACUAAUCGGUGAUAGAUGAUAAUAAACUAUUUAAAUGAUUUUUUA